ACUUCCGAAUGGAAACCAAGAUGUCUGCCCACAUAAGAAAUAGAAAGUUGAUGCACUUGGCUAAACGCCUUUAUAGUUCUCCAGCAGUUUCAGAAACAUCUGUAAAUUUGAAACCAAGAGUUUUAUCUGGCAUUCAACCAACAGGGAUACCUCAUAUUGGGAACUAUCUUGGAGCCAUUAAAAACUGGGUCGAAUUGCAGGACCAAUUUGAUGAUGUUUUAUAUACUAUUGUUGAUCUUCAUGCACUCACAGUGCCAAAUGAUCCAAAGAUAUUAAGAGAAAAUAUCUACAAGAUGGCAGCUUCUUUACUGGCUUGUGGUAUUGACACUAACAAAAGCAUAUUAUUUCAACAAUCACAGGUACCUCAUCACACAGAUUUAGCAUGGUUGCUAGGGUGUAUAUGUACAUUACCAAGGCUACAGCAUCUACCACAAUGGAAGGAGAAGUCUAAAACAUCAGAAAAUCCUGGUAUUGGUUUGUUUACAUAUCCCAUUCUACAAGCAGCUGAUAUACUUAUAUAUAGGGCAACACACGUUCCAGUAGGAGAAGAUCAGAUUCAUCAUCUAGAGUUAACACGUGAUCUAGCAAAGAUAUUCAACAAUAAAUUCAAUUUUAACUUUCCCCGUCCAAAGGAUAUCAUGGGAGAAGGUCCAAGAAUAAAAAGUCUUCGAAAUCCAUCAUCAAAAAUGAGCAAAUCAGAUGUCAAUCCUAAAAGUAGAAUUGAAAUAACUGACACACCAGAUCAAAUAGUGGAUAAAAUAGGGAAAUCUCAAACAGACUCAAUACAAGGAAUAUCCUAUGAUCCAGAGAAUAGACCAGGAAUUUCAAACUUGUUACAAAUACAUGCUGCUUUUACUAACGAAACAGUUGAAAAUGUGUGUGAACAGUGCAUGUCAUUGAAUAAAGUACAGUAUAAAACAAAGUUGUCUGACAUUAUAGUGGAAAGUUUAGGACCAAUCAGGCAAGAAACAGAAAGAUUAUUAAGUGAUAGACAUAACUUAGAUACAAUACUAGGAAAAGGGAAAGAAAAAGCUGCUGUAAUAACAGAAAAGACUUGGAAGGAAGUACAAAAAAGUGUUGGAUUGUUGUAGCAUUAAAUAUAUAUACUUAAGUUUUGAUAUCUUCCAUUGUCUUAGUACAUCAGGAUUUUGUUUGCAAUUCUAAAAUUUAUAUAAAAAUGUCUUUAAAUGAUACAAAUUUUCAUUGAACUGGUUUACAUAUUAGUAUGCCAUGUGUGUAUUGUGGUUUGUUAUUGCAUUUACUUGUUUCAAUUGAAGAAAUCAUAAAUGCUGUAGGUAUUAACUGUUGUCUAUGGGUGGUUUAGUGCAUUAUUUAUUGCUAACUAGUGACAAAUCAAGGGUUCCUUUACCAUUAUUCUGCCUUCUGUAAUAAAGUUUCCAUUUUCACUAAA